AUGAAUAGUAAUAAUCAGAACAUGACAAAUAGAGGCCUGGUAUUACCUCCUCUGAACGGUAACGCGGCCAAUGAUGGUGGCAAUGGCAAUGGCAAUGGCAACGCUGCUAACAUUCGAAAUAUCGCAAGAGCUAAUGACGGAACUAAUGUAACUGUGGAAGACACUACCAAUAGCAGCAAUUACUACGAAGCAAACGUUAGCGUGGAACAGAGUACUGUAGUGGAUGAACGGUCAACUGUGGAUACUUUGGUUCAAAGAGCUUUUGAUAAUGCUACUACACAUAACUCUGCUGUAACUGCAAAUUUGGUGGGUCAUCAUCCCGCUGUCACUGACGAAGAUUUGGAUACGGAUGAAACAUUUGGAGAGACUGAGCGUGAGGAUGAAGAAGAAGAUGAAGAGGCUGAUGGAAGGGCUGCCGAAGAAGAAGAAGAGGAUGAUGAUGAUGAUGAUGAUGAUAAUGAUUUGGAUGAUGAGGCUGAUGCAGAUGGGAACUACACUCAAGGUAUUACUGAAAUUGAUCCUGAAACUGAAAUUGUUGUUGAUGGUAACAAAAGAUGGAUUCCAAUUCAUCUCUUGAGAAAGAAUAGAGCUGUGGUUUGGACUCAUUUCUUGGGACUGAAUAAGGCAUUACUUGAAGCCAAAUGUAAACAUUGUGGGGAAGUCAUUAAAAAAUCCGACAAUCCAGUGAUGAAAUCAUCCAUCAAAAAAUUUCAGGCUCAUUUAAGGAAGAAACAUAAAAUAAACCCCAAUGAAAGUUUUUAUAAGAAGACACCUUUCCCAGCAAGAAGGUCUCAUAGGCAAGAUCAACACAGUCACCAUGAACAACGACAAGGACAAGGCGACGAUGACGCACAUUUGAGUAGACCUUCGUUUAGACCUGAAAGGUCAGUAUCUGAUUUUAAUAAUUUUAUGGGUACUUCUCUAAUAAAUUUUGUGAACAGCAAUAGUAUAAUAACAAAUCCUUCCACAAUAACUACUCAAAAUCAUAUGAAUAAUGGAGAUAUUACCAGUAUUACUGAAAAUCAAGCCGCUAGAAUGUCCAAUGAAAGACUAUUGAGCUUUUCUACGAACCAAUUAUUAUCUAUUAUUAUUGCUUCUGAAAAUUUACCAUUGUCCUUUGUAGAAAAUAGUUCAGUCAAAUUACUAUUAUCAAGAGUUCCAGGCUCAUAUAACCCAGAUCCUAAAAUUAUUCACGAUUCCAUUAAUCGUAUCUCCAAUGCUAUUGACGAAAUGAUUACAAGAACAGUCUUCCGUAAUAAUGCCGACAUGUCACUAAUAAUCUCUAACACUAACUUUAGUCAACAAAAUAGUGACCCAACUAGCCAAUCUGAUGAAGAAGUACGUAAUAACCAAAACGUAGAAUUAAUUCAAAAAUUAGGUUUGUUCUUAAAUGAAAUGAGUAAGAUUAAUUUCUUUUCUUUUAGUCAUUGUAUUUGGAAUAAAAACACUUCGUUGUUAUCGCUGCAAUUCUACGAUGAAAUUUCAUCUACUAUGAAAAUUUUGCCAUUAUUAACUAGUAGAUCGAAAGAUGAAUCUGAUACAACAUCUGUUUCGCUAAGAACUCAAUUGAAUACAGUUUUCAGAACCAUCCCAGGUCUGUAUAAGACAGUCCUAUCAGCUACUUUACCCAGAUCAAAGAUUACCGAUAUGCUGAACGUUGAUGAUUUUUUCCUUGGUACAAAUGAUUUAAACCCUAAGAAUUUCUAUCAUAACUGUAUUGUCACUAUCUUAACAGAUGCAAUUACUCCAUUGUUUGGAAGUAUUGAAAAUGAAGUGGAUGAUUUAAUGAAUACAAGUACUAUCAACUCUGAACCUGUCCAAGAAAACUCUUUGCCCAAUGACUAUUUUAAUGCCUCUCCAUUGGAUACUUUAAUUGACCUAUCUCAUGUCAAUAUUGAAGGAUCCAUUUUCCAUAAGAUUAAUCUAUUCUAUGAAGAAUUAUUUUCCAAUUCUUGGCAAUUAGAUAGAUUCAAAACUUUAUGUGGUGAACACUUGAAUGAUCCUGAAAUUAAAUUGAUACCAUUUGAUAAAUUUAAAUACUCCUCUGCAGAGGAAUGUUUGGAAAGAUUUAUUGACUUACGUCCGGUCAUUGAGUUAAAUGAGCCCCGUUUGAAUUCAGGAAGAUUCACAGAAGUGGAUUUCCAAAUUAUGAGUUACAUGUUGGAAACCUUACAAUCCAUCAACAGAUUAAUUCUCUAUUUUGCAUCAGGUACUUCCGGUAACUUUAUCUAUGUUUUAUUUGCCAUAUUACAUGUGGAAAGACACUUGGCUUCCACUAUAAGUAAUGUUCAAUUUCAAAGAUUAAUUAAACCAUUCCAGGCAGUUUUAGCUAAUAUUAGAGAAGUGAAACAAGUCCUACUUACAGAUGAUAUGAAUCUCUUAGCUAUGUUCCUUUGUCCCGCAGUAUUAUUUGAGAGAGAAAUUCUAGAAUAUGCCUUCAAAUCCAUUUCUUUAUCUGAUAUUGUCGAUAUAGUUUCAACUACUGUCUUCGACUUAUUGAAAAGAUUUAUUGAUGUGGAAACACUCACUCAACAGAAUCCAAGAAUGAAUCAACUGCAAAUGCAAAUGCAAUUAUCAGCGGAGCAUAAUGAACAACCUCAUGCCACUUCAUUUGAUGCCAUAAAUGAAUCAAGUAUAUUUGCAUCAGGUAGAGAAAAUAUGGAAAAUACAUCGAACAUGGAUACCACUUCUAAUGAUGCAAUUAAAGAAACUGUGGACACACUUUUAAUGAAAUUGAUCCAAGAAGAUUUGUACGAGUAUUUGAGUACUGUAAAUUCAAUUGUGCCUGUAUCUUAUAAGGCCUUUUGCGAUGAAAGCGGAUACGUUAGGUAUAACAAUCGUUUCAAGAAAGGUAAACCUUUGUACGAUGGGGAAUCAAAUGCUGAUGAACAAGCUAGGAUUAUUGCAGAAGAGUUGGCUAAUGUACAACCGAUGAAUUAUAUUGAUGAAUUAAUGGAUAUUCAUGUUCCUGUUUGUAAUGCUUUCUGGGCACAAUUAUUGAAACAUGAUGCUGGUGUGGUUAUAAAGAUUUUGAUAAGAAUUAUGAGAACACAAGCUGCAUCUUCAGUUAGAUCUGAAUAUUCAUUCCUGAAGAAUUUCAAACCUAGAGCUGGCGCUGACCUUUUUGAACAGAUUGUCAAGAUAAGAGUAUUCAAUGAACAAUUUGUUGCUGGUAAAGUGGAUUUCGAUUUGGAUACCCUAUCCACAGCCAGUCAAUACCGUUAG